AUGUCUGCUCCGUUUCUGCCUCUCUAUCUUCCGACAGUAGCGCAGUUUCGUCUUGACCCCUCCUCCACCAACUGGGGCCCAGCAGCCUCGCAUGGUCAUGUCUCGUCGGUCUCUUCUCUCCUCUCCGCCGUCUCCUCGAGCCACUCUUCCGAACGGUGCCUCCAGACGAGCGGCGGCGGCGGCGGUGGCAACAGCAGCCUCAACCCCAGCAACGCAGUCACGUCGGCCUCGGGAAGUGCCGGGGCUCUUCAGGUCUCGGAGGACGGCUUCACGGUCCUGUCGAGCGGUGACGCGGAAGAGCAUGUCUGUCUGGCCGAGACCGGAUUUGUGCGCGGUCUGCACUAUUGGGAGUGGCGAGUGGAGACGUACGACGGACAGGGUCAGAUCGCCGUCGGCGUGGCGCUGGCCGGAGUGGCCAGAGACAAGCGAUUGGGUGAGCCCAAGCAGCAACAGUUGCUGCUGCCGCGUUGCUUCAAUCGGGGCCGCUUUGGCCGAGCCGCGAUUUGA